CAGAAGCUGGUAGAAGAAGAAAUCAAAAUCAGCAACCAUGCACGGACGACCGAAGAGGAAGGGUCCAGACCUAAAGUUUAAGUUCACAGAUAAUCAGCCAGCUCAGCCAGUAGGACCACCACGUGACCUGGACAGCAGAACAACUAUAACCAUGGAUGGCAAAGAUGUGGAAGUUUCGGCUGAUGACUUGGAACUGUUGAAAGAACUAGGACGUGGUGCGUAUGGAGUAGUGGAAAAAAUGAGACACAGACCAUCCAACACAAUCAUGGCUGUGAAGCGAAUCACCAGCACUGUAGAUAGUCGUGAGCAGCAGUACCUUCUAAUGGACCUGGAUGUGUCAAUGCGGUCUGGUGCGUGCCCCUACACAGUUCACUUCUAUGGAGCGCUGUUCAGAGAUGGCGAUGUAUGGAUCUGUAUGGAAGUCAUGGAGACGUCACUAGACAAAUUCUACCCUAAGGUGUUCUCCCAGGGAAAGACUUUUCCUGAAGAAUUUCUUGGCAAGAUUGCUUUUUCUGUAGUGAGCGCUUUGCACUAUCUACACACUCAACUGAAGGUUAUCCAUCGUGAUGUGAAGCCAUCCAACAUUCUCAUCAACAGAUCUGGGGAGGUUAAGAUGUGCGAUUUUGGCAUCUCGGGCUACUUGGUAGAUUCAGUUGCGAAGACGGUACAAGCUGGAUGUAAACCUUACAUGGCACCGGAACGAAUAGACCCUCAAGGUGUUCCAUCCAGCUAUGAUAUUCGCUCAGACGUAUGGUCACUUGGGAUAUCUAUUGUUGAGAUAGCAACAGGUAAAUUCCCAUACAAGUCCUGGGGUACGCCAUUUGAUCAACUAAAGCAAGUAGUGAUGGAUGAGCCUCCUCGCCUUCCUUCUGGGACUUUCUCUUCAGACUUUGACAACUUUGUAGAGCAAGUGUUAGUCAAAGAUUACAAACUAAGGCCAAAUUACAUGCGUCUCCUAGAACAUCCCUUCAUUAUGGCACAUGCGAACUCUUCUAGCGAUGCUUUUACUGCUUUUAUCAAUGAAAAUUUGCCUCCGCCACAACAGUGACAUCAACCUAUUGUAGAUUAGUUUGUUUUUAUUUACUAAUGUAUUAUAAGAUGCAUUAAGGAUGAGUUUUUAUUCAAUACAAAUUUUACUGAAUAGACGUGUGAGAAAGAAUCCUCAUGUGUUUUGUGUACUGUUUCAGUGUACAAAUUACCUUAAAGGUCAAUAGAAUUUAUUGUAAUAUGUUUUAAGAGUAGCAGUAGGCCUUGAGGGACUGAAAGCCCUGCCGAGUCCACCACGUUUGGUGAUUUGUUAAACUUGUGUUAUCCCUUUGUAAAUAGUUUUUAGACUACAUAAUAAAGAAGCUUUGUAACACCGUUGAAAUAUUAUUCAAAUACAUGUUAAAGUAUUUAUUUUUUGACGAGAUUUACUGAAGGCUGUCACCGUACCUGCAGAGUGUUCUUGCAAGGUUAUAAGCAGUACCUGCUGAAUGGGUAUGCUUGUCUUAGGCAAUAUACCUUUUGGUUUU